AUGGGAAAAUAUGCGAAUGGUGUCUCCAAUGACUCCUCUCGAAGCUCAAGCAAUACCUUUCCUUCUGACGACAACACCGCUCCAUCAUCAACAAACGAUGAGAACGAGCAGUUUUUCUGUAUUGAACCCGCCAGUCAGAUUGGUUUUCAAUUGCAAGAGCUAUUCUCCGAAUCUUGUGCUGGCAAAAUUUGGAGAACAGCGGCGAAUUUGAUUCCAGCCAAUGAAAGGAUAGACCGCUUUCCCGAAUAUGUUCUAUCCUUUGGUCCGACGGCAGGAAACUACACCACCCGCGAGGCCAAGUUCUGGACAUGCGGGUUCUUCCCAGGCAGUCUCUACUGCUUGCUUGAGCGAAGCAGCCGAUUUCCUAAAGCUUUCCCUUUCCAAGACAGUUCCAUCAAUAGACAAAAGCUUCACGAUCAACUGCUUACACAGUGUCGCCGCUGGUCUGAGCCUCUCCACGAGAUGGCCUUCCGCACAGAUACGCAUGAUGUUGGGUUUAUUAUCAUGCCCGCAUUGCGACAGGACUGGGAAUUAACCGGCAACAAAAAAAGUAUGAACAGCUUACUGAUUGCUGCGGAGAGCCUGGUAUCAAGAUUCGAUAAUAAAGUAGGUGCCAUAAGAAGUUGGAAUCAAUGUGUUAGUAACCGAUACCACAUCACGGAUCGGGAGACAAACUUUCUAGUGAUUAUUGAUAGCAUGUGCAAUCUUGAUCUGCUGUUUUAUGCUGGCUACCAAGGUGGCAAUCAGCGAUACAUCGACAUCGCGAUCUCACAUGCCCGCGCAGUCGCCAAAGCGCUCAUUCGACCAGACAAUUCCACCUUUCAUGUUUGCAAUUUUGACCCAAAGACAGGAAGCAUCCAGAGCCAGUUUACCCACCAAGGAUAUCAAGACGACUCAACCUGGAGUCGAGGGCAAGCAUGGGGGAUUCUAGGUUUUGCUCAAACUUACCGAUGGACAAAAGACCCUUUCUUCCUGUCAAUCGCAACAUCUCUUGCAGAUCAUUUCAUUCAUCAUCUUCGUUCAGCGACGUACCACCAUCCUUACGUUCCUCUAUGGGACUUUGACGAUAGCCAGGCUCCAUAUUUACGCGACACCUCUGCUGGAAUGAUCGCUGCGAAUGGAAUGCUGUUACUCCAUCAGGCGAUUCAGACAGAUGGGCAAAAUAGUAGUACUUACCUUAGGGCCGCAAUUCGCAUUGCCAAAGAAACGAUUGAUUUGUCGCUAGCAGAUGCCAAAGCGGUAUUUUAUUUGACGGCAGACGGUACCGUUGAUAUCACGAAGCCGGACUUCGAGUCCAUCCUAAUGAAUGCAACAGCGAAUAACAAUCAAUACGCCAUUAUGAGGUACAAGGACCAUGGUCUUGUGUACGCGGAUUAUUAUUUUUUGGAGUUUGGAAACAAGCUUUUGAGGAUGGGUCUGAUUUGA